AUGGAAGCCGCUAACCUCUCAGUGGCCACCGCCGGCGUUGCCCUUGCCCUGGGACCCGAGACCUGCAGCAGUAGCCCGAGCGGGAUCCUCAGUUCGACCCCGGGUGGUGCCGUCCUGCAGGGUUGGGAGCCGCCCUUCUCUGUCUUCACGGUGCUGGUGGUGACGCUGCUAGUGCUGCUGAUCGCCGCCACUUUCCUGUGGAACCUGCUGAUUCUGGUCACCAUCCUGCGGGUCCGUGCCUUCCAUCGCGUGCCGCAUAACUUGGUGGCCUCGACGGCCGUCUCGGACGUACUAGUGGCAGCGCUGGUGAUGCCACUGAGCCUGGUGAGUGAACUGUCGGCCGGGCGACGUUGGCUGCUGGGCCGGAGCCUGUGCCACGUGUGGAUCUCCUUCGACGUGCUGUGCUGCACGGCCAGCAUCUGGAACGUGGCGGCCAUCGCCCUGGACCGCUACUGGACCAUCACGCGCCACCUGCAGUACACGCUGCGCACCCGCCGCCGCGCCUCGGCGCUCAUGAUCGCGCUCACCUGGGGGCUGUCUGCGCUCAUCGCGCUCGCGCCGCUGCUCUUUGGCUGGGGCGAGGUGUACGACGCUCGGCUCCAGCGCUGCCAGGUGAGCCAGGAGCCCUCUUAUGCCGUCUUCUCCACCUGCGGCGCCUUCUACCUGCCGCUUGGCGUGGUGCUAUUCGUCUACUGGAAGAUCUACAAGGCGGCCAAGUUUCGUUUCGGCCGCCGCAGGAGAGCUGUGCUGCCGCUGCAGGCCACCACGCAGGUAAAGGAAGCACCUGAUGAGGCUGAAAUGGUGUUCACAGCACAUUGCAGAGCGACAGUGGCCUUUCAGGCGAGUGGAGACUCCUGGCGGGAGCAGAAGGAGAAGCGAGCAGCCAUGAUGGUGGGAAUUCUGAUCGGCGUGUUUGUGCUGUGCUGGAUCCCCUUCUUCCUGAUGGAGCUCAUCAGCCCACUCUGUGCCUGCAGCCUGCCCCCGAUCUGGAAAAGCAUAUUUCUGUGGCUUGGCUACUCUAAUUCUUUCUUCAACCCCCUGAUUUACACAGCUUUUAACAAGAACUACAAGAAUGCCUUCAAGAGCCUCUUCAAUAAGCAGAGAUGAAGACAGGGGUUAGAGAGACACGGGUAGAGUUGUAAGGAGGACGGAAACUUGGACUUUUGCUUCAGUGAUCUGAGAUCCUUGCCUCCACAGCUGAGUGCUAAUGCUGUCUGGAGAGUUAUACCAUUGGGCCUGGACUGUAGAAGCAGCAGAGCCAAGGCUCUCAAGAAAGACAGCAUAGGUCUGGCAGGGGUUGUAACUACGCCUUCUUCCCAUGUGCAUGGCAGAUGUUGUCAGUCAGUCAUGGCUUGUCUUCCCACUGAGCAACAACUCUGUCUCAGAAUCCUUUCCAGGAGAGCACUCUAGGCAGCUACUGCUGAUUGUUUAAAAUGGAUGCAAGAGUUGAA